CUCCGCCAUAUUGAAUUUCGUGAACAAAAGUUCGGUCAACGUGGCCUCCUUCAAUUUGUAAUUUUUUACAAGUUGUAAGAACUCUGCUUUGCAGUUUUCCUUUUAUCCUGAGCCUUUAACACUCACGGAUAAGAUGAAGCUACAAGAGAGCGGCUUCCAAGUGCCAUCUUUUCUGCCUCGGUUAUCGUACGAGAAGCAGGACACCUUACUUAAACUUCUCAUAUUGUCCAUUUGUGCUGUUUUGUGUGAGUACGAAGAUUGGUCAUGCAAUACGGUUUACCUAGUUGUGCAGUUUAUUGGCUGUUGUUAGAUCCUCGAUCGAAUAUUGUAUAGGGGUCAUGUUAUGGGAAAAUAUUGUAGAAUUACUUUAUUCAAAUGGUACACGACUGUUAUUGUUACGCUGGCUGAGUUUAUGUAAGCUUAAAAAAUUCAGACUCGACAGUCAGUCAUUACCUGAAGCCGAACCGAUCGCAAGAUUGAAUGUGUUUGUCUGAUUGUCAAAAUCUAAAUUAUCGAGAUAUUAUUUCAGUCAUAAACCACGGAAGGUAUCAUGGAAAUUUCACUCAUGAUCGUUCGAUAAUCAAGAAAUUGGUCUAACUUGAAAUGUGAUUUGUUGUGCUCCUGUGUUCAUGAUUUUUUUUCUUCAUUUCCACAGCAUUCUCCACAAGGUUGUUCUCUGUGUUGCGGUUUGAAAGUGUUAUUCACGAAUUUGAUCCGUAAGCUUUUUUUCAAUAAUCUUUUCGUAACUACUCAUUCACGAAACAAAGAAGUAGUAGAUACAGUGAGGUGAUUGUUUGCUUAGCUGCAAUUGUAGGGGGUUUUGUCCUCAUAAUCGUGAUGUUUAUGCGUCUUUAGUAUUAUUACAUUAAUUUUGAGAAACAAGUUUAAAUCCUGAAUUAUUUUUUUUAGAGAAGACUGGUUUUUUAUUUCCAGGCAGUUGAAAAAAUGUAUAAAAAUGAUUCUUUUCAUUAAUGUGGAUAAUUUUUAUUCUAAUUGUUUUCCAUUUCUUCAUUUGUAACAUAUGCGUCAUUUGUAUGUGCUGUUUUUUUGUUCAUGACUAGCCUUUUACAAAUUUUGGACUGGAUCUUUUUUUAUUGAACUUAAACUGAGAAGGGUCUGUAGGAUCUGAUUGAUUUUAUAGACAAGAAUGUCUGGGCUUAAUAAAUAAUUGCUGCUCUUGUUUUGCAGUUACUUUAAUUAUAGAACCACACGGUUUUUAGCUGAGGAAGGAUUUUACAAAUUUCACAACUGGUUUGAUGACAGAGCAUGGUAUCCACUGGGUAGAAUAAUUGGUGGCACUAUAUAUCCAGGUGAUAUGGCCUAUCAAAAUGUUAUCUCUUUUGUUUCCACAUUCCAUCAGACACAUCGCAUUUAGUAGACAAAGGUGCCUUUAAAUAUCUAGAAGAUUUAAUGAACAGAUUUAUUUUAAUUCUCGCAGGACUCAUGGUAACAUCGGCCGUCUUGUAUCACUUCAUGAAUUUCUUUCAUGUCACAAUUGACAUCAGAAAUGUUUGUGUUUUUCUGGCUCCUUUGUUUUCUUCAUUGACCACCCUGGUCACUUAUCAUUUGACUAAAGAACUCAAGGUAUGUAGUUCUACUGUGUAUAGCUGGCCUGUCAUUUUUACUUUCCAUUUGUCUUACUAUUGUUUAUUAACACUACUAAGUAAUUUUUUUUUCAGCAUAUCUCGCUCAAACAUUUAAAUGACAUGAUUUUCCUUUAUUUUAUACUUAGAAAUGUUCCAUGUCACAUCAAAAUUAAAUUUGUCAUUUAGAGUUGGGAAUUAAGAAGAUGUCUUUUCCAAUGAUUUCAGUUUUUUUCUUUUAAAGGAAAGGAUAAAAAACUUGCAAUGUUUGAGUUUACUUUUUAUUGGGUCAGCACCUACUGCUUUUUUUUUUAGCUAUCUCUUCAAGAGUUUAAUUGAUAUUUGUAUUUACUGACAGGAUGCUGGGGCAGGAUUAGUAGCAGCAGCUAUGAUCUCCAUUGUUCCAGGUACAAUGGUUUCUGUUGUGCUUUUUAAAGAAACUUCUAAACUUUGGGAUCACUUAAAAAUCAAAGAAACAUCACAGAACUUUUUUUUUUUCGUUUUGAUAAUUGUUUAAAUUGUUUUCUUUUCAGGUUACAUUUCUCGAUCAGUUGCUGGGUCAUAUGAUAAUGAAGGUAUUGCCAUCUUUUGCAUGCUGCUUACUUAUGCAUUGUGGAUUAAGUCUGUGAAGACUGGCUCACUGUUCUGGUCAACCAUGUGUGCUUUGGCUUACUUCUACAUGGUGAGUGAAUUAAAUGCAACUUUUAUAAUAAUCAUUUAUCUCCUCACUUCAUUAUUAAUGUGCAAUAAAGGAAGUUUAUGUGUGUGAAGUCAAGUCACUUACUUGUUUCUGGAAACAAAGUCAUAGAACCUACAACAGAUUAUAUCAUUAAUUAUCACAACACAGUAGAUUGAGCUUUUGUUUUGAAUUUCUAUUUUUCAGGUUUCCUCUUGGGGCGGCUAUGUGUUUCUUAUCAACUUGAUUCCCCUCCAUGUUUUGGCUUUGAUGAUCACUGGCAGGUUUUCACACAGGAUCUAUGUUGCUUACUGUGCAGUAAGUACUUUCAGUAAUGUAUAGCAAUUUCCUUAAGGAAUAUCACAUUCAAAUGGCCAUUAUCAUAUAUUCCAAGGUUGUAGGAAAAUUUAGUCCUCUUAGGGAGCACCAUUUUCAGGUGACUUAUUGUAACAAUCUUUGACCCUCAUGUUUAUCUUGAGUCAAAAAUUAAACAUUUACACUCUGAAUCUUCAUUGUUUGCCUGUCAUGACAUUCUCCACUUCCAACCCCUUCCUUGCAGUUUUUAUUUAUUUACAUCAGAAUUUUCAUGCUAUGAAAGUGAUCAUUGUAUUAUAUUUUCCAAUUUCAGGUUUACUGUUUGGGAACCAUUUUGUCCAUGCAGAUCUCAUUUGUUGGAUUUCAGCCUGUACAAUCCAGUGAGCACAUGGCGGUAAGUAUUUUUUGGUUAUGUUUUCUUUUAUCUGCGCUGACAUUCACCUUUAAUUCCACAUAUUUUUGCUCUUUACAUGCAGGCCUUUGGUGUGUUUGGUCUGUGCCAGAUCCAUGCCUUUGUGGACUAUGUUCGUGCACGUAUGCCUAAAGAACACUUUCAACUGUUGUUCAAGAGUGUUGUGCUUGUUGCAGCAGUCGGUGUCUCAACUGUUGGUGGCAUACUCACUUUCACUGGUAAAAUCUCUCCCUGGACUGGCAGGUUUUACUCCUUGUUGGAUCCAUCUUAUGCAAAGAACAACAUUCCCAUCAUUGCCUCAGUUUCUGAACAUCAACCUACAACAUGGUCAUCAUUUUACUUUGAUUUGCAACUCAUGGUGUUCAUGUUUCCUGUUGGACUCUACUAUUGCUUCUUCAAACUCACUGAUGCCAACAUCUUUAUCAUAAUGUAUGGAGUUACAAGCAUCUACUUUGCCGUAAGUGGAGACAUCCUGACACGUACAAUAAGAUAUUUACAUAUAUUUGUUAUCAGCUUAUCUGUAAGGAAUCAUAGAUGUAUGUCUAUUUGAUAUUGCUCAUGCAAUUCGAACUCUUUAAAAUUCCACUGGAUACACUCAGCCUGUGAACAGUAUGGUCAAACCUUCCUGUGAGUGUGCUUGUCAAGGUUUGUGUCUUUACUUAAUUUUCAUUGUUUUUCACUGAGUUUUUCUCAAUAUCCCUUAUGUUUUAUUUUGGUUUUUUUUUUCAGGGAGUUAUGGUUCGUCUAAUGUUGGUGUUGGCUCCAGUAGCUUGCAUUCUCUCAGGAAUUAGUGUAUCUACAAUCCUUACAACAUACAUGAAGGUAAAUACAGUGAAUGCCCAAAGUAGCAUGCAGCACUUAAAUUUUUCUUCUUUUUUUUUUGUUUUGUUUUGUUUUUUUUUAACUUUGAAUCAUUUUGUUGUGUUAAGUAUUUGAAAGCUUUCCACAUUUAUUCUACUUCUUCUCAUUAUCAAGAAUUUAGAUGUUUCCCGCCGUGACCGUAAAACUGCAAAGAAAACUGACCCAACAUAUCCAAUCAAGAAUGAAGUGGCUACAGCAAUGGUGGGCCUCAUGUCUUUACUACUCAUCACCUACACAUUCCAUUGUACUUGGGUCACAUCAGAAGCUUAUUCUUCACCGUCAAUUGUACUCUCAGCCAAACAACAUGACGGCUCCCGAGUUAUCUUUGAUGACUUCCGAGAGGCUUACUACUGGCUCAGACAAAACACUCCAGAGGUAGUUUACCUUUCAGUUUGUUGUCAAUUGGAUAACCAUAGUAGCAACAAGGGUUUGAUUGUGUCAUGGUAUUGCUGGUAUUAAAACAGCAUCAUAUAUUUUGUAAUACUGCUGUUGUGUUUAUUUCAGGAUUCUAAGGUGAUGUCUUGGUGGGAUUACGGUUAUCAGAUCACUGCUAUGGCCAAUAGAACUAUAUUAGUAGACAAUAAUACAUGGAACAACACACACAUCUCCAGGGUGGGGCAGGUAUGUUCAAAAUACUCUUAUGGCCAAUAGAACUAUACUAGUAGACAAUAACACAUGGAACAACGCAUGUCUCUUCAUGGUGGGGCAGUUAUGUUCAAAACACUCCUAUAGCCAAUCCAACAAUAAUGCAUGGAACAACACACACAUCUCCAGGGUGGGGCAGGUAUGUUAAUAUCCCAGUCCAUAUCUAGUACCUAUAAUCCUGUUGAGCGUGGUUUGUAGGUCUCGCUUGUGGACGACAUCAAUGCCUUCAAUUAAGUUUGUGAACUGAUGUCCUUGUGUGCUCAUCAUUUGGUCUGUCAGUUGAAGGCAACACUUAAACCUUGAUCUUGAACUGAUGCCAGGUUAGGUUUAAAUGGUGAACUUUUCAUGAGCUGAAUCUCAUACUUUGAUUUAAAUAAUUGAAAACAAUGACUGAGCUGUUCUUCCUAGUUGGCUUAGCCAGGAAUUUAGAGUUCAGAAUGACUUUGUUCUGGCUCUGAACUUUCUAUGUGCCAAACCUUAUCUAUGAUUAUUGUUAUUAAAACAUAUUUAGAAACACAUAUCCUGCACUCUUUUUCAGGGAAAGGGCUUUGAUGGCUAAUUGAGUUUAGUUUCUGAAACAACAGCCUUUCUUUUUGAGGUUGGGGUGGUCCAAAUUCGAAUCUAGUCCAGCCUAUGAAAAGUUGGGCAUCCUAACAGGGCCUUGGUUUUCAAGUGGUAGCCUCAUUUGUGAGGGCAUCUAGUUAAUGUAAAGUGAUCAGUUAAACUAUUGUGGAACAUUGCAGGCCAUGGCAUCAAGUGAGGACAGAGCAUAUGAGAUCAUGAGAGAACUGGAUGUGAAUUAUGUGUUGGUUAUUUUUGGUGGUUUGACUGGAUAUGCAUCAGAUGGUAAGAGUGCAGAUAAUGAUUUGUCUUCACAACAAAAUCCCCUUAGUUUUCAUCCAUUGAGUGCCAUGAGAAUUCUAAAAUUUAUUUCAUUCCUUUUUGGCAUCAGUUUGGCCCUGCUUGGAUAUGUGUUGUACACUCUUCAAACAACUGGAUCCUGAUAAGUGAUUGUGGGAUGUUUUUUUUGUCUUAGAUAUCAACAAGUUCCUGUGGAUGGUCCGUAUUGGAGGCAGCACUGAGAAAGGUCAGCACAUCAAGGAACAUGAUUACUAUACACCUGCUGGAGAGUUCCGUGUUGACAGGGGUGGUUCCCAGGUCUUGCUCAACUGUCUUAUGUACAAGAUGUGUUACUACCGGUUUGGUUCUGUUUACACGGAGCAGGGUAAGUACCUAUCCACCCACCCCUCCCUCUCUAAUGCAAAGCUUGACUGUAUUAUGUAUGUUAGUUUGGUUGAAUCAACUGAGUUGUGAAAGUAACUUGACCACCAUAAAGAGUUUCUAGAGCAUUAGCCCUUCAUCAUUUGCUCUGGCAAAGUUCUCAUGCUUGAAACGUCAGCUUUAUAAACUAUUUGUGAUUGUCAACUCAGUCAAUAAAACCAAAUUUAUCUCAUAAUACGCUCAUACUGCAGCUCCACAAUUAAUUUAGACACUUGGCCCAUUUAUUCAUUUUAACUUCUAUGUGACCUGAGUUAGACCCUAACUGCUGUUUACAUUUAUCUUGUUGACUUUUUUAUUUGCUUAGGAAAACCCACUGGUUACGAUCGUGUGCGUAAUGCGGAGAUCGGAAACAAGGUAUGUCAGUCUCUAGCUUCAGUAUUAAAACUGUGCACGAUAAUUUCUCAGCCGUGACUGUUAUAGGUUGUAUACCAUGUCUGAUUAUGCAACAUGCAACCAAUCAUGCAAACAUAUCUUAUACAUAACUGGACUGUAAUAAAGCACAGCACCUAAUGUAUAACUGUCAGGUACAACCAUAAAACUCCAUGACUUGUACAAAUCAAUUUUUUGUUGUUGUUGUUGUUGUUUUUUUUUGCUUGUAGGAAUUCGAGCUGGAUGUGUUAGAGGAAGCUUACACCACUGAACACUGGCUUGUUAGAAUCUACAAAGUAAAAGAUCUUGAAAACAGAGGUUCUUAG